UUAGGAGCAGAGCGCGAACGCCCUACUGUUUGUCGUUGCUUCACCCCAGUCUUCAAGCUAUGUGAAUAAAUGUUAACUGGCAUGUUGCGUCUAAUACAGACGUAUAUUUUACACCAGUGGAUCUUAUUGUCAGUCGCACCUCUUCAGUCCAGCGCCUCUGUUUUUUUCUUUCAGCUGAAAUUCUACCGCGGAGCCGUUGUCAAUAAGGCCGCGAAUCGUGUGUUGUUGCUGGGAGACCAUCCUGACUCGCCUGCCCCUGCUAGCAUCAUUAGCUGGCUAAGAUGUGCGGCUGGCAAUGGGCUGUUUUCAACGCAGUGGCCCACUGUGAAGCUCGGCGGGUUCUUUGUUGAUUAUUUGCCUCAGUGGAAGUGAAAUUGGACUCGGAUACCCUUUUCAGGAUGGAUGUUGAUUUGUGUGCGGGGGACAGUACCAGAAGGAAAGUGGACUUGACUGGCUCUGCAGAAGGUACCAUGGAUGUCAUUCCCUUAGAGAUGUAUGACUCUGCCAGAGCGAAAAUAGCUGCCAACCUGCGAUGGUUGUUUGCUAAAGCCUAUGGCAUUGACCAUAUACCAGAGGACUUGAGGGAUCCCUUCUACACAGACCAGUAUGACCAGGAACACAUCAAGCCACCUGUCAUCCACCUGCUGCUGUCCAGCGAGCUUUACUGUCGUGUCUGCGCCCUCAUCCUCAAGACAGAGCAGGCAGCGUCUCUCCAGUCGCACCACUCCGUCAUCCAAUCUCUUGACAGGAAGGGCAUUUAUGUUGUGGAGAGUGACGACACAGCCGUAACAGAGGAGGACCUGGCUUCUGUACCCAUCAAGAUGAGUGCUCACAUUCCCAUGAUCGAUGCCCUGAUGAUGGCUUACACAGUGGAGAUGAUCAGCAUUGAGAAAGUGGUGGCUUCUGUGGAGCGCUUCUCUACCUUCAAUCCCUCCAAGGAGCUUCCCUUUGACAUGGAGGAUGCUAUGGUUUUCUGGAUCAACAAGGUGAACACAAAGAUGAGAGAAAUAGCCGAAAAGGAGCACAAAGUCAAACACCACCUUUUAGAAUCCCCCAGUCACCAAAAGUCUCCCUCCAAAUGGUAUUGGAAGCUAGUCCCCGUAAGGUAUCGUCGGGAGCAUGCCUCUGGACGCCAUCUACCCUUCUUUCCACUUCUUGAGGAUUUGAUGAGAGAUGUUUGUGAUGGAGGUGCAUUGCUCACAGUCGUCCACUACUACUGCCCAGACCUCAUGAAGUUGGAGGAUAUUUGCCUGAAGGAAGUUCCCUCCAUUGCUGAUAGCCUGUACAACAUCCACCUGCUCAGAGAGUUUGCGAAUGAGUAUCUGAAUAAAAGUUUCUAUCUGACGACGGAGGACAUACUUUACUCACCUCUUGUGCUCAAGCACAAUGUCAUGGUGUUCAUUGCUGAACUCUUCUGGUGGUUUGAGACCGUCAAGCCAGAAUUUGUCCUUCCCAGAGAUCUGCAAGAGUCAAAAGAUGCUCGAGCCAUUGCUCAGCCAAAGAGUACCCGCCCAUCAGUGCCCAUCUCUAAUGCAACCAAGCGCAGCUUCUUGGCCGGUCCGGGUGAAAACCAGAGCAGCCCUGAAAUCUGUCACAGCAGAGGUGGUCCCUCGUUCAGUCCUUCCCACCCACUUUUGCCUUUGCGUCAGAGGCAGCAGAAGAAUCAAGGGGAUGAAAGUGCGGGCCUAAGAAACCGCUCCAACUCCUUGACACAGAUGGACAAACAGGCCCGAGGGUCUGUUGUCGCUUGGCCCGACAAGAGACAGCGGCCUGUGUCCACGCUGAGCCCCUUCAUGUGCCAUUCAGCUGCAGACAGUGAUGCUGAUGUUGCAUCUGGUGACAGUGUUAGCUUGGCCCGCUCAAUUAGUAAAGACAGCCUGGCAUCCAAUGUCAUCAAUGUCACGCCAAAGCACCAGACUUCACUUCACCAAUCCUCACAAGCUCAGAUGCGCAGAGUUAAUGGCCACAGCCUGUUGGGGAAAGUCAACCUUGACCAUGAAGAGGAAUCUUUGGUGGCAGUCGCCAGGAUGGAGUCUGCUUCUGUCGCUAAACAACUUGAUGGUAGCCAAGCAGCUGGAGUAGUAGAACCCGAGACAAAGUCCCAACCUACACCAGAAGGCUUUUACCUAGAACCGCUGAUGCCUGCUGUACUGAAACCAGCUAAAGAGAAGUCUGUAUGUCUAAACAAGGAGGAGGAGAGUGGAGAGGGGCCCUGUCCGUCAGGAAGAGGCUCUUUACGCCGAGGAGAUGGAUCGUCUUCUGUAGUUCCAAGGAAAAUUCCCUUCAUCCUUAACCAAACCUUUACCUCUAUGAGUGAGGAGGAGGCUGUCUUAUCAGAGGAGCCUCCACAGCCUCAGACAGGUGCCAGGCCCAGUGCCACCAGCAGUGUAGACACCUCAUCAAAAGAGCCAGAGGGAGGCUUCUACCUGCAUUCAGAUUCUGAGGAGACAAAGCCUUGCCAAAUUCUUGAUGCAGACCUAGAAGACCUGGAUGAGGAGGAUGAGGAUUUGGAUGAGGCUGUUACCACAAAAGACCUCGCUUGGCCGAGAAAAAGCUUUAAUGAAGAGAAUGAGGAGGAAUCUGCGAAACUCCAGGAGGACAUGAAUGUCAAAGAGCAUGAGGACAAAGACAUGAACGGCUGCAGUGGUCGCUCCAGCCCCUGCCUUAGCGCUUACUCCCAGGCCAGUAGUGUGGCCAGCGGAAGCAUCCGUAUGACCUCUUUUGCUGAGCGUAAAGCCCAGCAGCAGCGCUUUGGCAGCAACCAUGACCUACGCUCCAGUGCCUCCAGUUCACAAAGGACCACUCCAGAUGGCUCAGAGAGUAGUGGGCCCCUGGCCUCUUCAUGGAGGCUCAAAAGAGACCAGAGUCCUUCCUCGCCAUUAGGAGGUUGCAAUCGUACUGGGGAUGGUAGUGGAGGUGCCAAUGUUCUUGCAUCCGAAAUUGUCCAGCUGCGUAUGCAACUGGAGGAGAAGCGACGUGCCAUUGAGCAUCAGAAGAAGAAGAUGGAAGUUCUGUCAGCCCGGCAGAGGCAGAAGCUAGGUAAGGCUGCAUUCCUGCAUAUAGUAAAGAAAGGUGGUGGCAAGGGUGGUACGUUACCCAACCCACUUAAAGGGGACCAAUCCAAAGAUGAGCUCAAUGGAGGGAAAGGAACAUCAUCAGCGAAAGACGAUAUGUGUGUUGAUGCCCUGAGAGGGGACAAAGAACUGGAGGGAAUCGCCACCCCAGGUGCCUCAGAAGCAGACAAGAAGGGAAAUAAUGGCAGCUUCUACGUAGAAGAAGAGUUGGACCUCAAUGAGUGCAACCGCUCUAUCGAACUGCUGCAUGAAGCCAUUGGCAACAUCCAGCAGCAGAUGAUGCAACUGUCCCUUCAGCAGGAGAUGAUGAUGAAGCAAAAUGUGCAGUCCCCUCCUGGUGCUACUCAUCAGCCUCUCACAACUGACAAAAACAGUGACUCUAAGGCUGGAGCCAGUUUUCACUAUGUGGAGCACCUCUCCGGCAGUGGCACCGCUCCUGUGAGGAAACCCCCCAAACUGAACUCAGGCCGAAGCGCCAGAUCCAAACCAUCUGAGCUGAAAAUAAGCAAGGAGCAAAGCCGGCACAGCUCCAGGACCCUGACCCCCUCCCAGAGUGGACCCGAAACACACUCACGACAGACAUCUGGGGGCAGGUCCCCCAGAAACGAGCAGCCCGACACUCACAGCCUCAGAAACCCUGCAGCAGGAGAGAUGAUCAGCAGAGCAGGCUCCCGGGGAGGUGCCUUUAGGCUUCAUGAUGAGGCGAAUGUGCGAAUACCGACAAGAGUGGACCUGACUGCUCUGGCUGCUCCAGAAGUGUCAUUUGAUGAGUGCAUGUCCAGCACCCUGAGAGACUCACAGCUCAACUCCUCAGACGGCUCGGGGAAAGAGAACAUACUCUCAGAGGAAGCGCAGCGCAGCAAAGCUCACUUGAUUGAGGUGGAUAUGUCAGAGUUGAAGGACCCCGAAGAAGAGGAGGCUGCUGGUGACGGAACAACAGAUGGAGACGGAGAGCAAAAGUCAGUCAUGGGCUUCUUCUUCAAGGAUGAGCAGAAAGCAGAGGACGAGCUUGCCAAGAAGAGAGCAGCAUUCUUGCUGAAGCAGCAGAAGAAAGCUGAGGAAGCUCGGCUGCGGAAACAGCAGCUGGAAGCAGAAUCUGAACUCAAGCGAGAUGAGGCCAGGCGAAAGGCUGAGGAGGACCGCAUGCGUAAAGAGGAAGAGAAAACACGGCGGGAGCUAAUAAAGCAGGAAUACCUGCGGAGGAAGCAGCAAGAGAUGUUUGAGGAGCAAGGCCUUGUGAAGCCCAAAACACCCAAACCCAAGCAGAAGCACAGACCCAAGGCUGUCUUCAGAGAGGAGUCUUCCAGCGAGAACUUCUCAAAGUGUUCUUCUUCGACACCGGACAACCUGAGUACAGCCCAGUCAGGAUCUAGUCUGUCGCUGGCCUCUGCUGCCACCAAUGAAGCUGACAGCGUCAACUCAGGGGGGGCAGGUUCCCACCGCUGUGAUUCUGUAGAGUCGUUUCCAGGAAGUCGUAACAACAGUCGGGCUGCAGAAAGAGACUGGGACAACGGCUCCACUGCAUCUUCCAUCACUUCUAUGGCUGAGUACACUGGCCCAAAACUCUUCAAGGAGCCAAGUGCCAAAUCAAACAAGCCAAUCAUCCACAACGCCAUAUCACAUUGCUGUCUGGCUGGGAAAGUCAAUGAGCCGCAGAAGAACCAGAUCCUAGAGGAGUUGGAGAAGUGCGAGUCCAAUCACAUGAUGAUUCUAUUUCGCGAUGGUGGCUGCCAGUUCCGGGCACUCUACUCCUACUUCCCCGACACGGAGGAGAUCCACAAGCUGACAGGCACAGGGCCUAAAAGCAUCAGCAAGAAAAUGAUCGACAAGCUGUACAAGUACAGCUCGGACCGCAAGCAAUUCACCGUAAUCCCCGCAAAGACUGUGUCAGUCAGUGUGGACGCUCUGACCAUCCACAACCACCUGUGGCAAACCAAGAGGAGCACGGCGGCCAAGAAAGGAGCAAAAUAGCAAGAGGGAUUAACCCAACAUCCUGUCAUCCCCAUCAUAUAGCACCAUCUUGCUUUGUUUACCCAAAUUUCUCGCUGCCAUGCACGAUUUGCUAAGGGGCGGCUGUGUUCAUCUGGAUGAAGGCAAGAAAACUUUAAAGAUCAGAAAAGCUUCCCGGGUUUGCUUCUUUGCCAUGUGUGGGUCUGUAGGUGCAUGUGGGUCUCUGUCGCCCUCUGGUGGUGGGUGUUUACACUACGUAUUACUCAGAUCAGCAUGGGAGCAGGGAAUGGCCACAUAACAAAAGACUUGAUUGGACAUCAUCGCUUCCUGCGUUGUUGAAUUAGGGCGGCAGAUUUCCGCCCAUUAAUUACUUAAAAAAUAAACAGCUUUUUUUGUUGUUGUGGAUGGCAUAUGGAGACUUGUUUGGCCUUGAACACACGGUGGUACUAAUUGUCGACCGGUCCAACCGCCUUUUAAACUGGCCACUGAUUGUGUAGCGCCGGAUGUCUUUGUUUGUGUAUAGCAAAAAAGACAUGAACGGUGGUAAUUUCAUCUGUUUUUAUUUAUCCAAGCAUCCCUUUUUUUACAUCAGGGGUGUCUUAAUGGAGGUCUGUGGUGCAGACAUGAUACUGUGUAUUUGUUGUUUUCGAUUUUUGCUUUGUAAUUUGAAAUGUGCGUUUUGUCAUCACAACAGAGAUUCUCAGAUGUUUAGAGCAUAGUUGUGUUGUUUUGCCACCAGGCCACAAAGACAAAAAAAGGUGCACACAAAACAAACAAACAAACAAACAUGAACACGUCAUUCAAUGUAACCACAGAGCGCCGCCAUUAAAGAACAUUCCUCUUAAGGUUUGCCGCGCACUGCCACGUUGGUCUGGUCUGUCUCUCUCAAAGUGCUUCUUCACUCAUCUGUUGGCCUCAACGACAAACCACCUGUAUCACACCAGCACUUUACUUUUGUAUCAGUCACUAAAGAGGCCCAGGUCUCAUACUACUGCAAGAUUUCAUGUGUUGUGUUAUCAAAACGAUUGUAUGGGCAUUGCUCACCAUUUAUGUUACACUGGCCUGUUGUGUUCUUUUCAUCACGCUUUUGAGUUUGUUUUAUUUUUUGAGCUCAUGCCACCUAUUUAUUUUGAUAUGCCAGCACUGAAACAGCAACACGUUUGCAAGUGAAUAAAAGUCAUAUUUUUUAUUUUUA